AUGGUUGGCGUGGAGUUGAGCGACGUCCAGUCCAGCGCGCCAACCUCGCCCGGCUCCAGUCCGCGGAGCGAGAAGAGCAAGGAGAACGAUGCGGAUGAAUCGGUGGCGUCGUGCGAGUCGGAUCUGAGGUGAGUUGACAAUAGUCAUCAGUUGGGCCCGAAAUGUCAAUCUCAAGGUUUCUGCGACUACUCAAAAUUUCGACAGUUAAAACCGAUCUAUUUCUAAAAAAACUCCCAGAAAAAUUUGAACAAUUCUGAGUGUUUUCCCUUGAGCUAUUUACCCCGUGCCAUCAAUGACUCGUGUUUUUAGCAUCGACCAAAAGCUCUCUUCCCAAUGGCGCAAACGCUCAACAGCCGACAACUGUCAACGGUCCGACUCAAAGACCUCGAAACGACGUCCACUUGAAGAAGAGAUUGAACAAAGACUUCGACAGUUAACUCAAGAAAACAACUUCUUAAAAAGUCAGCUGGAGCAUCGGCAAGGCGAGUCAGUCAUCGUUGCCGGUCCAAAUACGGUCGAAAGUUCUUCAAGUUUAAAUCCGCUUCUUCAUAAGUCCUCCAGUUUGUUGACUGUAAAGGAUAUGACCGAUGAUUUGAAUAAUUCCACGUCUUCCAACGAUGUUACAACGACGACAACUGAUGAGCCGUCAUCGCUCGAUAACACUUUGUCCAGCGGAAUUAUCCGACCAACUCCACAAUCGGCUUCAAUCGACCUAUUGAAUUUCGCCAAUGAUGGGUUAAACAAUAAUUCAGCGACUUUACAAACUGCCGGCAGCGCCUUCCAAAAUCCCACUUUGAACAAUUUGUAUUCGGCUUUGAAUACAACCCCUGCAUUCCAACAGCUGGCUUCAAUAUUGUAUCCAAACAGCUUCGAUACAAGCGCGUUGUAUGGGGGAUUGUUCAAUGGGAUGUCGCUGAAUUCGCUGGCAAAUUUACAGGCAAUUUUGCAACAGCAACAGCAGCAACAACAGGUGAGUUGGGAUUUGUGUUUUAAUUUGAAGGAAAUGGCUAUGAAAGGGCCUUAAAUUUAGGCAUUUCGUAAUCGCAUAAUGCUGAAUUUUACGCGGAUUUCCCCAACAGAACUUUACAUUAUUAAACCAAAGAUCAUAUUUUCGCUGCUUGCCAGGAACCUCGGUGGUUUCUGCAUAAUAUAAAUUAAAAUUUUAACACCUCUUUUCACAAGGUAUAAUAUAUUAUAAAUUUGGCGGCUGCAACUUUUCGGGUCACUGACAGUUCGAGUCAACGAUACUAUGGAUCGUGUCGGUUUGUCGUUGUAUGUAUGCAUGUAAAAGGCUAACAGAAGGCUUGGUUAGUAAAAAUAAUAAAAUUAACCGGGUCCUAGAAUAGACUAUCACCUAUUUUGAAGUAUCUUACAUGCGCUUACAUCAAAAAUAUCUAAAUAAAAGCUACGGAUCUUCGUUUUUGCUGCAAAUUUUGGUCUUGUAUAUUUUACAAUUACUCAGGAUAAAGAGUAGUAACGUUAGUAACAGAUCAAAUUAGAAAAAAGUGGGCAUAUUGCAAGCCUUCGCCAAGUCUCCGCCGUUGGUCCGCCGACAUUACAACGGCUUUGCCAGGGUUUGUAGACACUUAUUAUAAUCUUUUUUGGGUAUCACCCUGCCGUACGGGUCUAUUGCACCAUUACAUUCAAGGUAAUAUACAAAUCCAAGGUGUAAAGCGACAAGUGAUUUUUUGUUUUGUUUUCAACGGACUUUACAUCGACGUAUUGACCCUCCUGAUAUUCUACUUUUAAAAUCAGUCCCUCUGAUCUACCAUACCACCCUCACGCUUUCAAAAUCACUACCAAAUCGGGUCAAAAACAUGUUGUUUUCCAGGGUCCGAAAUCACCCGUUCACGGGAAAUUUGCAUAAUCGCCGAACGCACUCGAAUUACCGACAAAAAAAUUCUUUCCUUGACCCAGAAAUUCGGCGGCAGAGGGCAGUGUCCCCUUUUUUAUCUGACAAAUUGAACACGGAUACCUGCGGGCGUAUUUUUCCUUUUCGAAUAUUUUUCGAUUCCUUUCGAAAUCCUCUUGCCCUGAGGGUCGGGAAAACAUUGUGCGGUAGGUGAAAAUAUCAUCGAUGGUAUGCGGAAGUGCGAUUUUUCCCAAUAUGUUAGCCGCUUGUUUCAAGUCGUUUUUGAUUUCACAACCCGAAUAUAAAAAGUAAAAUGGGUCAUUUCUGGGUUGUCUGCACUCCUUUUUUUCUUAUUUUUAUGCGGUGCGGAUGUCAGCGAGUCGUUUUUUCUCGGGAAACACACAAAACUUUAAACGGAAUUAGUGUUUUGACGCCGUUUCGGUUCUCGGCAGGGGUGUUAAGACGGAAUUUUGGGGGAAAUUUUUGAUUCAAAACCUGAGAUUUUGAUAUCAUGCCGUGGAAAUUUUAUGUCCAAUUUAGGCCAAAGUUUAUAAAGAUGGAAAAAUCGUAUUUAGCAUACUCGAGGAUUCAUUUUUGAAUAUUGCACUUGGCAUUUGCACUAUUAUAUUUAUGGAGUCCUCUUUUAUAAUUUUGAUAUAUUUUAUUCUUUUACCCAUAUCAUUUCAGACCUUCUCAGCCUUCGCCUCGGCCACAGCCCUCACAGCGCCCUUGGAUCCGUCCUCGCAGCCAAAUUCAACCCAAAAUUUUACCGAUCUCGCCAAAGAACCUCUCAAUUUAUUGACCCAAAACCCGCUAUUCCCCAGCACAACCCAACCGCUUGCGCAGAACAUGCGAUUUGAGGAGUUAUUCCCGUCCAGUUCCAAGACAGAUAGCAAAGGAAACGAAGCCGAAAAUUCAAAAAAUCUGAAGUCGGAAGGAAGUGACGAGAAAUUUUUGGUCAAUGCCGAAGCCGAUUUCCCGGUUGGGGCGUCACAGAUCUUACAAAGAGGUAAGAAAUUUUUAAGCUUCAUAUUUUUUGGAAUGUUUAUGAUUAGACAUGAUUUUAUCCUAAAAUUCUAAAAUUUUAAUUUUAAAAUCCAGUUGUUUUUAACGCGCAAGCCGCUGAAUUACCCGACGAUCAGCCUAGAUUUCACACUAUGACCUUAUUUCACAGACGAACGCACUUUAGCCCUAAAAAAUUUCGAAAUUCGCUAAGAAAUGAGGAAAUGAGCGGAAUUUCACAGAAAUCGCCGAGUUUCGAGUAAUCUUUAAAUUUUCUUACUGGAAUUUGGUUUGUGCGGCAGUUUUUUCUUCAAAUUUAUAGUCAUCCUCUGCAAUUCCAACUUUACCUUUGAAUUUCUCUAACUGCCUCCUCAUUUUAUGCACUCUUUUCGUAGUUUCUCUGACCUUCCUCUCUUUUAGUGCACUCUUUUUUGCUCAGACGCACGUUCUCCCUUCUUUCAAAAGGAAAUAAAAUGUUUGUCCUUUCCCGAAACGCAAAAAGAAACGGCCCACUUCUUCCGAAAGGACGCACAAAAAGAGCGACCGAAACGAAGGGGCGCCCGAGAGGAAGAGAGAAGAGAAAAGAGCGCGCAUUUCUCUUUCUCUCUGCUUGCAUUUUCCCCGUUCCAAAAGCGAAAGCGGGUUUUUGGACCCUCCGUUCCGUUGCUUCUAUCUUCGAGAUCAUGCUUCACAGGAUCAUUUCUGUAGUAAGCAUACUCUCGUCUAACGUCUAGGUUUCACCACCUGACUCUGCGAUGAUUGAGUCGUGGUGACCCUUCCAGAGCGUGAAGUUCGCUCCGUUGGCUAAUGCAGUCGAUGGACCGUUGAAGAUCGCGAAUUGUGCACCUGGAGCACUGUUCACGGAGGGGUCGCUGGCUGAGCAGAGCUGAAUUUUGUAAAACAACAAUAAUUUAUUUUAUUGUAGUGGUUAUGUGUGAUGUUGCUGUCAUUGUUGAUUAUUGAUGAUGUUGUUGUAGGUCCUCGAAACGUUCAAUUUCUUAACCAUCUUCCGACAGCCCAUGAACCUCGAUCUUCUGUUCUUCAUCACACCGACGUCACUCAAUCCUCUUCAAAUCAAUGGCCAACCGCUUCAAAAGUCGAACCGACUCCAAUCAACCGCCCUCUGAACCUCGAUUCCUCCUCUCAUUCCCUGUUGAGCUCCCUUCUCGCUCAUCCUCGACGUAGUCCGGCCGUUCCGGAAAGUCGGACUGAAAAACAAUCGGGACUUGUUGACCGAAAGCCUGAGGGGAAAUGCUCUCCACACUUGGUCUUGUCGACGAACGCCACGAAUAAAAGCGAUUCGGAUUCUUUGGGAAGUCCUCAUUCAACGAGAUCCACAACGGAUUCGAAUCGAAGCCAGACUAGUCCAGCACUUCAAGGAGAAAAUGGUGGGGCAGGAGGGUCCAGUGGAAAUGAAAAAAGUGAUAUUGAAAAGGUAAACAUAAAAGAAUUUUGAGAUUUACGUACCAUUAGGAAGCUUGGAAUUUUAAAAUCUUGAAAUCUGAAAAAACGUUCCAUAAAAUUGCAAAAAUAAGCGUAGUUUCAGUAUAUGGACCGCCGUCGCCGCAACAACGAAGCCGCGAAACGAUGUCGCGCCAAUCGUCGCGCCGUCUUCGAAUACCGCUCUCGUCGCGCUCAGCAACUCGAAUCCGAGAACAACGAUCUACGCCAAGAAAUGAUGAAGUUGAACAACGAACUGGAACAACUCAAAGCCGUCAUUCAAGCGAGUCAACGGCAACUUCAUGUCUGA